GAAAAAUGUUUGUUUUGAAAACAUUUAACAAAAUUUCGAGCUUGGCUCCAAAAGCCAUGAGUCCAAUAUUCAUUCAAAGUGCGGGUUUAAAGGAAUUCAAACCACCAAAAGUCUACGAUGGCAUCGACAUACCAAACAAGCCAAAAUUGCGUAUGAUGUUAAAAGUACCAAACUUUAUUUCCACACGACCACCAAGAAUGCAAAAGAAAUUGCGAUUAAUGCGAGGACCAGAUGAAGAACACAAUACACGGUUAGUUCACAAGCAGUACGGUGUAAUUGCGUUACAAGGAGGCCGUAUUAAAUAUCCACAUAUUGAAUUGGCUCGUUUGAGUAUUGGUCGAAAAAUGGAUUUAAAACGAAUGUUUGCCGUUUGGCGUAUAGCAGAACCGUGGCAACCGUUACAUAAAAAAGGUGUUGGCAUUCGAUUAGGUGGUGGUAAAGGUGCAAUUGAUCACUAUUGUACACCAGUUAAGGCUGGACGUGUUAUCAUGGAAAUCGGUGGCAAUUGCGAAUUUGGUGAAGUGAAAUCGAUGCUAGACCAUGUUGCUGUGAGUAUGCCAUUCAAAGCGAUGGCCGUAUCACAAGAGAUGCUCGAAGCAAUGGAAAAGGAAAAAGAAUUAAAAAAAGAGAGAAAUAUGAAUCCUUUUACUAAACAAUACAUUAUUCAAAAUAACAUGGGCGGAUGCCACAAAUGGCUCAGCAAAUUCGAUCAUUAUUGGUUCGGCGAACAUCUAUAAAUUUAUUGAAGAUAUGUGUAGAUAAAUUAAAACAAAUCGAUAUGUUUUGUGUUUUCAAUAAAAUGUAAUAUUUAAAUCUA